AUGCAACACGUCCUUACAAUCACAAUCUUGAUUAUUCUUGAUUUGCAACAUUAUGGACAAGUGUGCGGAGUAAGGACUCACAUCUCGUGACUGCACCGGCCCGCCAGUACCCGCCGCGUAACGUGGAAUCAAGAAUAAAUUCCUCUGCUGCCUCCACACGGCCCCCAGCCGCUUCCGUAUUACUCUCAAUCGGCGAGGUCACGAUCAUCUAUCAUCGACCAGCCCAACAUCCUCGGCGAUCUGCGUGAGCACUACGAUCGAACCCAAAGCGUGAGCUUCGCGCCGGCCGUGCCAUCCAAAACUCCAGAGCCAAUUCCCACCACUUGCCUCGUGACACACCGCAUGUUGCCCUGCACGCCAUCAUGCCAUUCAAAGCUUACAUUCUGACCGUGUCUGACACGCUCGCGCAGGCCAAGUCUGCCAGCGAUCCCAUCCAAACAACCAACACGUCCGGUCUGACGCUGCGAGAGAGCCUGCAACAGCACUCGUCGAAGCAGUUUUCUGUAGAGGAAGAGGCGGUGGUGGCGGAUGACGUUGCCGACAUACAGCACACAAUCAAGCGAUGGAUAGCAGGACGCGCUGAUCUGAUCCUGACGACUGGCGGAACGGGCUUCGGUACGCGAGAUGUGACGCCAGAGGCAAUCGCACCGCUGGUGUCCAAGCCAACACCUGGCCUCACGCAUUUGCUAUUAUCUCACAGCCUCCAGAAGACUCCAAUGGCGGUCCUAUCUCGACCUGUAACUGGAAUCGCACUGCAUGCUCCUCUCCCGCAGAGCACUCCCGAGACCCAGCAGACGGGAGCCAUCAUCGUCACGCUUCCUGGAUCUACCAGAGCUGUGGGAGAAUGCAUGGACGCUUUGCUGGGAGACAGCGUGCUUCAGCACGCGCUUGAGCUAGUGUCUGGCGGGUCGGGAAGCCGGCAACAUGCCUCAAUGCAAGGUCCGGGAGGAGGUCGAGAUGGCGCCAAAGCUAGCCACACCAGUCUGAGCGGAACAGAAACAGAUACAGGCAGUGCUAGAGCGGGGUCUGGACUGCAAGGUCAGCAUCACCAUCCACACCACCACCAUCAUCAUCAUCAUCAUGGGGACCACGUCGCUCCAAAGCCUCGCACGGAGCAAAGCGAGGAAUCGCCUAGCUACGUCACGCGAGACCCGGGAGGACCAGCAUCGCGUCAUCGCAAGAGCCCAUACCCGAUAGUAUCGCUCGACGCCGCUCUGAACCUCAUCGCCGAGCAUACCCCCUCACCCCGGCAAACACAUGAAGCCUCGAUUGACCGAAAUUUGAUCGGCGCAAUUGUCGCCCGUGACGUCACUGCACGGACUGAUCUUCCCCUCCGACCAACGACUAACGUGGAUGGAUACGCAAUUUCAGCCCAUCACACACCACCGGGCUCGUGUCGGGUCAGUUCAUCGAAUGCGAGAUUCGAAGCUGGUAGCGUUCAGCGUAUCAACACCGGCCAAGGACUUCCGUCGGGCGCCGAUGCGGUGGUGAUGGUGGAGGAUACGGAGCUUCUGGAGAGCUCGGAUGAUGGCGAGGAGCGCUACAUCAAGGUGUUGGCGCAGGUGGAUGCGGGAGAGAAUGUGCGAAAGGCUGGAAGCGAUGUCAAACAAGGGAGUGUCAUCUUGCGAGCCGGUCAAAGAUUGAGCGAGCUCGGCGGGGAGCUGGGCACUUUGGCUUUCUUGGGCUAUCCGAAGGUCACAAUACACACAAAGCCGAAGGUUGCCAUCUUGUCCACUGGCAACGAGCUCGCAGACAUUGCUGCUUCACAGCAGACUGACGCCUGGGGAUUUCGAAUUUGGGACGCCAAUAGGCCCGGUCUACGGGCGGCAAUCGAGUCCGCUGGAUACGAAGUAGUCGACUUGGGCAUAGUUAAUGACGACCGUCGAGCAACAAUCGACGCACUUCGAAGGGGACUGGAAGAGGCUGAAGUUGUUCUGACAACCGGCGGGACCAGCAUGGGUGAAAGCGACCUGCUGAAGCCUAUCAUCGAGCGCGACCUUGGAGGCAAGAUCCACUUUGGGCGCGUCGCCAUGAAGCCGGGUAAGCCUACCACAUUCGCCACAAUCCCUUGCGAAAGCUCCGAUCGCGUGGUGUUCGCACUGCCAGGCAAUCCAGCCAGCGCUCUAGUGUGCUUCUACGUCUUCGUAUUGCCUUCCCUCCGCAAGCUUUGCGGCCAUCACGCAUCCAUCGCGCCGUCUGAUCAAGGGAGGUCGUGGAGCGUGCCCCGCGUCAAGGUGCGAUUGGAAAAUGCGAUGAAGCUGGAUCCCCGGCCAGAGUUCCACCGCGCUGUUGUCUACCCAGACGCUAAUGGUCGAUUAGUGGCGAGAAGCACCGGAUCUCAACGUAGCAGUGGGAUGCACUCGAUGGCGACAGCAAACGCACUGGUCUGCGUACCUGCGCUGGAUGGCUCGCCUGGAAGCCCCACACAGUUGCAAGCAGGAUCCGAGGCCCUGGCGAUGCUGAUUGGCAGCAUUUUGUAG